GGCAGUGCGCGCGAUAAAAUUCACGGCGCGUUCCCUCGUCGUCCGUGCUCGCCGCCGUCGUCCGUGCUCGACAACCGUCGCGCGCAACGUUCCCCAUUUCGUACAGAGGUGUUCGCCGACGGCCGUCUUCCGCGAGUCUCUUAUCGCACAGUAAGGCGUCGUCGUCGGGUUUCACGCGUUUUUACCACGGAUUUCGGCCCCGACGAGGCGUCACGGUUUUCGAGCGCCGACGUCGUUUUUUUACUUUCGGAUCUGUCGUCGUUGGUUUUUUUUUUCCCAUUGCCACCCUGCGAGACCCGCAAAUGUCGUUGGGCCGAGUUCAGUACACCGCAAAUGCCACGGCACAGAAUCAUCAACCAAUCACUUACAGAACAUGCUGAAAAUACACAAGGGAUUAAAAAAAAAGAAGAAAAAUAAGAAAAAUAAACAUAAAGAAGAAGAACUUUUCAACGAAGAAGAACUUGAAAAAUAUCGUCGAGAACAUCAGGAGGGAAAAGUAGCCGAAAGUGAAAAAGACGGCCAAGAAGAGUGGCAGAAAUUUAAAGCAAUCACUGCUGGAAUUGAUGAUGUCUUAAAAAAAACACAAGGAGAUCUUGAUCGUAUCAAAACAAACAGUUUUUUUCAAAGAAAACCUACACAGACUGAACUCAAAGCCGUCGAAGAUAAGCUUGAAGCGGAAAGAAGAGAAAGAAUAAAAGAAGAAGCCCGCCUAAAAGCUGAAGCCGAGGCUCUAACUGUCGCUAAAGCAGUAGAGGAAGCAGCGGCUUGUGCUCCAGUUGAAGAAGAAUCGUCAUCAGAAGAAUCAGAUAAUGGUGAUGAUAUAUUUGACACUUCUUAUGUCGAUGUUAUAACAAGUGGAGAAGUAAAACUUGCAUACAUUCCAGAAAGUCCAACUGAAGAAAACCCAGAGUUUGAUCCAUUUGAUACAUCUAUAGUAGACAAAGUUAUCCAACCUAAUCCAUCUAAAAAGAACAAAAGAUAUAUAAGUCUUGGGUGUGCGGUUGAAGUUCUUUCCGGAAAGGAAGUUGAUAUAAAUCCCGAGGUAUUCAGGUCAACUGCUGUACGAAAAAGACCUAAACCUGUAAAUUUACUAUUGGAGAGUUUUGACGAAAGCAGUUCAAUCGCAAAACUUGUAGAUGAUAAGCCAUUAAAAACUUUGCUUGACGACGAUCCAGAUUUACCUACCGACGCAUUACCGUUAACAAUAGUUACUCCUAUUGAGAUAAAACCACAGCCGAUUAAAAAAGAAAAUACCAAAACUCCCGAACAAGAUAUUAGUCAAAUUAUCAACGAGUUUGAUUCACCACUUAUUUUAUCUGAAACUACAAAUACACAAUUAGACCUUGAUGACGAUAUUGAUGACGAGUUUGCUGCAUUAGCUGCUGAAUCAUUGUCAAAAUCGCCUUUACCUGAGGACAUAGAUCCCUUUGAUACGUCAUUCGCAGAUCAUCUUGUGCCUGGAAUAAACAAUCUCAACAUUGAAAGUGAACAAACCAACCAACAAUCUAACGAUAAGGUAGCGGAAAAAGAAUUUUUUGAAGUCGUAAGACCACUAAGUCUUGAACAUAGAGAUUUAUUGGGUGGGAGUACAACUGAUUUAUCAGUUAUUGGACAUAAUCCAAUCGAACCCCAUAAUCCGGCAACUGAACCAACUCAUAUUGAUCCGUUUGAUACAUCUAUUGCAGAAAGCUUGUUACCCGGAAAAGGAGAAUUAAAAUUACUUGAAAAAGAACUAUUAGAAGAUACUAAAACUAUCAGUAAAAAAAUAAUUAUUGAAGAAGACGACGAUUUUGAUCCAAGGGCUGAGGAUAUUGUUCGACCAGCUGAACUUAAUCUAAAAGAAAAGAGAGUCAGUAUACCAAAGGUAACAUUUGCCUUAGAAAAAGAUUUGUUAACUGACGACCAUCACGGUGAGCUGCAUGUAGCAAAACCAUUGACUCCGUAUUACCCACAGGACCAAUCAAACGAAGACAAUUCUGAAAUCGAUCCAUUUGACACAUCAUAUGUGAAACACGCGCCGGGAGAAGUAGAAUUAAAACUGUUAGAAAGCGAAUUAGUGGAAACUGAACCAAAAAGUACAGAUAUACUGACUGAAGAAGAAUUUAUACCUCAUAUUCUCCAUACACCUGUUGAACCAGAGAUUGCUGUUCCUGAAGAAAUUGAUCCUUUUGACACUUCAUUUGCAAACGACGCUGUGCCAAGUCAAACGGAAAUAAAAUUAUUAGAAUCUGAAUUUAUACAUAAAUAAUCGGCGAACCCAUUCCUAAUUGAUGACUCAGCAUCUACCUUGACCGAUAAUAAUAAUACUUUUAAUCCAUUCUUAACUAAUGCAUCGGCAGAAUCAGAAUCUCAUAAUGAUAAUCCUUUCUUUUCAACAUUCGGUGCUUCAAGCGCCAUCCCAGACAAUACAAAUCCUUUUUUGGCCUUCACACAAAAUCCUGAACCAGCUCAAUCAGUGGGUGAUCUUUUGGGAAUUAAUGACACCUCCCAAACUACUGUAAUAGAUGAAGCAUCAAAAAUGAAACCUCCACCGCCAAGACCAGCUCCGCCAAAAAGACCACCACCAAGACCAACACCACCACCUCCACCUUCGCACGAAGCUAAAGAACUAAUUCUCAGUGUAACAGGAGAGAUGGAUGCAACUUCAUCACAUUUAUUGGACAGAUUAGGAAAAACUCCGAGUCCUACUCCAAUGCGAGACCUAUUAACUCCUAGCCCCACGCCAACAGCGGACCUAUUAGGGUGUGAUGACCUUCAACCUCCGAUAAACUCUCAAGCAUCGAGUCUUUUCGAUCAACAAUCCAACAUUAUUGACCUUCCUUCAGGAUCAAAACCAGAAAGACCGAAAUUCCCUCCGAAAAUUGAUUUUCUCAUGGAUGAUUUAUUAGAAGAUGUUCCAAUCAAUGAAGAAAUACAACCUGAAGAAUGUUUAAUAAAAAGUAGAACUCCAUCAAUCACAGAAAAUCCACCAUUACCUGUAGGAUCACAUCCAUCUUCAAGAAAAUCUUCAAAUGAAUUUAUUUUACCAGUCAGAAGAUUAUCGCAUGAUGUUACAGAAUCCAGAAAAAUAAUGCCUGAUUUAAGUAAAAUAGCAGAUCGUAGAAAGUCAGAUAUAGGUCAUUUCGCACCGAUAUUACCUUCAAGAAAACCAACCAGUCAAAGUGAUCAGUCACUAUUAGAAAGUAAAUCUGAAAACAUUAUUCAAGAAAUCAAUGAACCAGAAGAUAAAUCAUGUAAUGAAAUAAUCAAAAAUAUGCCUGAUUCUAAUUUAGUACCUACUGAAGAAAUUCCGGACCAAAAAGUAAAAGAAGAAAUAAUUCCUGUAAUACCUAAAGGAAUGAACAGCCAGUGGGAUGAAGAAAAAAAUGGAUUAGAUUUUGAUUCUCAACAACAAAUAGAAUCUUCUAAUCAGAUUGAAAUUGAGACUUCAUCGAAUGAUACGAAAUUAACGCCAUCUGCAACAGACCUUUCACCAUUAGAAUUGACAGAAAAAGAAAAUUUAUCUUUUAAUGCAUUUUAUGUAAAUACAACUCUGCCAACAUCUGAAUCAUUUCCUUCGUUUACUGAUGGUGAUGGAGUAGGAGAUCACGCAGAUAUUGAUGCAUACGAUACAAAACCCAUACCACCAGUGCCUGAUCCAUCGCCUUUCCAAGAAGUACCUACUGAAGAAACUUCGUUCAAUGCAGUAUUUGAAGCAUCUGAGCAAAUAACGACUACUCCGUUCGAAGUUCAAAAACCACAACAAGUAGAUGAUACAGAUCCAAUUGUAACUACAACUGCGCCUGAGCCAUUACCGGUAUUGACAGAAACUGAAAACGAUGAUGCAUUUGAUGCUUUUGCUGCAAAGUUUGACGACUCUCAAAAUGAUUGUAAUGCAUCUGGAGCGGCAUUCGAUGCAUUUGGAAGUGUUUCGGGAGGCGCUUUUGAUGAUUCAACAAUGGGUUUUGGAAACGAUGAUAACUUUGAUUCAUUUUUAUCAACACAUCAAAUCCCUGCUGCGCCACAAUCAACACCAGCUAAGGUUACGAGAAAUAAUUCUGGUGAAUCUUUGGAUGAAAACGAUUUUAACGUUUUUAUAAGACCUAAAACAGAAUCUGACAACAUUGAUCAAUCAGCCGUGCCUUCAAUAGCUCCUCCGCCAAAAAUACCAACAAGUCUAUUUCAAGAAGGAGCGCCUUCUAGAUUUAAUCCAUUUGAUCAAGAGCCCAAUGAAACGAAUUAUAAAAACCAAGUUACAUACUCUCCUCAAACUAUUCCUCAACGAACUGAUUCUCAAGAAACGCCUCCAAGUCCACUGUUUGAUGAAGAUGUCUCUCAACCCCUUGAAGAAUUUCCAAGAGUCAAUUACAACGGUGAAGGCUGGGCAAUGGAAUUAAGACAGCCAAACAAGAAAAAAAUCACUGCUCACAGAUUUUGGAAAAAAAUAUUUGUUAAAAUCACAUACCAGGGAGAAAAUCCUGUCCUACAAUUGUACAACACUAAAGAUGACAAAGAUCCUUUCCAAGAAUUACCAUUACAGCCCAGUUAUUCUGUAUCCGAUAUUGGAGCCCAACAAUACGAUCAAUAUGGUAAAAUAUUUACCGUUAAACUGUUAUACAUAUUCUAUAAAGAGAAAGCAGGAUUUAGACCAGGUCAAGUUACAAAAGCCGAAAGGCUAACUAACAAAUUGAGUCAAUUUGCAGCUUAUGCUAUUCAGGGUGAUUAUCAAGGUGUAAAAGAAUUCGGUAGUGAUUUGAAGAAAUUAGGAUUGCCCGUUGAACACGGAGCUCAAACAACGACAUUGUUAAAAUUGGGAAGUCAUAAUUUUGAAGACAUGAAACAGUUUAGUAUUUGUAUCGAAGAAGCCUUAUUUAAGCUUUCUGCUCAUCGUGAUAGAGCAUUAAAUUAUAAAGUAGAAGACGUGCAAAUCACUGCUAUUGAUGAACUAUUUGUUGACCAAAAUUCACAAGGAUCAGUACUUAAACAAAUCGCACGAGUCCGUCUGUUCUUCUUAGCGUUCAUGUGUGGAAUGCCCGAUGUUGAAUUGGGUGUAAAUGAUUUAGUUCGACAAGGCAAAGAAGUGGUCGGCCGUCACGACAUCAUUCCGGUAGUUACUGAAGAAUGGAUUCGAUUAGAAGGGGUUGAGUUCCACAAUUGUGUUCAACAAGAUGAAUACGAAAGAACAAGAACCAUAAAGUUUAAGCCUCCGGAUGCUUGUUACAUCGAAUUAAUGAGAUUUAGAGUCAGGCCACCCAAAAACCGUGAACUUCCAUUACAAUUAAAAACAACUAUGUGCAUAACGGGAAAUAAAGUGGAAUUAAAAGGAGAUGUCCUCGUGCCAGGAUUUACAAGCAGGAAAUUGGGACAAGUGCCUUGUGAAGACGUAGCCAUAAGGUUUCCCAUACCGGAAUGUUGGAUAUAUCUAUUCAGAGUAGAGAAGCACUUUAGAUAUGGAUCUGUGAAAUCUGCACACAGAAGGACGGGCAAAGUGAAAGGUAUCGAUCGAUUCCUCGGUACAAUGGACAAUCUUGAACCCCAUUUGAUCGAAGUGACAUCUGGUGAGGCCAAAUACGAACAUCAUCACAGAGCUGUAGUAUGGAGAAUGCCGAGGUUGCCAAAAGAAGGACAAGGCGCGUACACUACACACAACCUCGUGUGCCGUAUGACAUUGACGUCGUACGACCAGGUACCCGAGGAGCUGGAUAAAUAUUGUUAUGUCGAGUUCACAAUGCCGACUACUCAGGUGUCACACACCACCGUUAGGUCGGUAUCGAUUGUAAACAGCGAGAAAGAUUCACCACCUGAAAAAUACUUGAGACUGAUGGCCAGGCAUGAGUACAGGGUGGAAAUCGAACACAUACACGGACAGAUCGAAGAAAACCCAUACUUAGCGGCGACUGCAAUGCCCAGAGCCGCCCAACAUUCGUCAGAAGCUAAACUACCACCACCCCCUGCGUCUGACAGCGACUCUUCUUCUUAAAUGACAUACCAUUUAAAUAACGAAUGCUAUAGUGCUGUAUCCUGAUUGUUAUAACGUUAUAGCAUUUGUCGUAAUUCAAUUUUAGAUUGUGAUCUCUUCCUCUAAAGUUAAAUUAACUCAACAAUUGUUAAUAAUACAUACUUCAUACAAUGUACAUAAUAUAUUUAGUUUAGAUGAUUAAACGCAUUAUUGAAUAGAUACUUAAAUACGAUACUAUCACGAAAAGCACAUUAAGUAAAAUAUAUCCAAAUCCACGAGCAAGCCGAAUAAAUGACUACUCAUCACAUAAACUAUAUUUAUAUUUCAUCAACUCAACGUCGAAAACCGAAAUUUAAUAACUGUGCCGUUUGUACAAAAAUGAAAAAUUAGAAGCUUUCACGAGUCAUUUUUUUUAGUAGAUUUUUUUUUCCGUUCGUUGGCUUUUACGGUAUCGAGUUUAUAAGAUGACAAUAAUACACGUCGAUAUCAUUUUACGAUAUUUGUUACGCUCAUUUUAAACGCUUGAUGGGGUGUCUCAUUAUAAUUACUAGUGAAUUUUUGUAUUAGCUGUAACGAAUACGUGUUUAUUUAAUUUUUUUCAUAUUCUGCCCGUGUCGUACAUGUGCCAUAAUAAUUAUAAUGCCAUAGGUUUUACGUAGGUAACAAUAAUACAUAAAACAAAAACAAAAAUCUGUAAGUAUUUAUGUUAACGAAAAAUAUCCAUAUUGUAUAUUACU